UUUCAACUUGGCUUUAUUUUUCAACUUUUUUGUUUCCUUUUCGAUUUCAAUUUCAUUUAUAUUUACAAUUACACACGCAAAUCUCAGCCCAAAUGAACGACAAUUUGACGGCAGAGCAAGCAGCACAGCGGUUGCUAACGCUGCUGGACACACUUGGCGUUCAGAACACUAGCAGUAACAACACAGGGAAGGCAAAGACUGGGAAGCGGCAACCAAACGCGUCUAGCAUUUCUUGGGCAUUCCACGAGUCAGCGGAUAAGACUGGGCUUUUACGCUGGCUGGCCGACAACAUUACCGCUGCAAAGAACGGACUCACUGAUGACGAGCUAGAGCUGAUGGAGUAUCUUGAGCGCACCAAUUAUCACAACUCGGACCCAAACCAGCAGCCACAGCAGCAUCGGCUGCUGCUGAAUGAACCUGUACGCACUGGCAACUCACAAUUUAGCACCGAUAGUAUUGCCCAAAGCGGCGCGCCUGCAUUUGAAAUGCGAAUGCGCAAGGACAAGGUGCAGAAGAACGUAGCGCGCCUGGAGAAGCAUGCAGAGAUUUUGCGCGGGCAGAACGCAGUUUUGACUAGCAGGGCAGACUCAAUGGCGCACGAGCUGGCAGAGCUAAGGGCGGAGGAAGAAGCACUGACACGAGCGGCUACUUCGACUGAUUCUGAGCUGGCACGCCUGCUGACAAUGCACUUGGGCCAAUUGGACGAGGCAUCGCUAGCGGCAAAAGCACUCAUGGCGCAGCUAAAAGUGGACGCACCCAAGAACUCAAAGGGACACACCCGAUUCCAUUAUCAGAGUCUCGAGGCAAUAGACCAGCUGGGCGCAGCAAUGCAGGGGAUUUUUAAGGUUGUCGGAGAGCAAGUUGCCUUGCACUUGAGAAGGACCAACGAACUACCUUCGCCUUGGAAAGAGUUUCGGCCGUUUGCCGCAAAUAGCGUCCCCGAGCUGCUGCAUCUUGCGACUGCAGAGCAUGCGCGUGUCGGUGCCAGUGCGUUGGACCUGGCCAAGGCCAAGCUGAAACUAAAAGUCGAGUGUGAGCUUGUCAGGGCAAUUGGAGAAGAGGUAGGUCGGGCGCAGAGUCAAAACAACCGCAGCAAUCUCUUGCACCGUUGCCAACAGCUGACUGCAAGCGAAACAUCCGGCUUUGACAUUGAUCGAAUCAUUAACGAGCGCGCGCAAGAGCUGGCGCAGAAUGCUCAGGCAGACACUUUUAGCACAGCUGUUCCGGCCGAUCACAGGCGAGCACUGGAUCUGCUGAAUGAAAGCCACAACGCGCUGGCCCAAAGCCAGUCAGAUCAGCUCAGCAGAAAGUUGGAGUCAAUAGCACAGAGCUUGGACUCGCAGCACCACUCUGUCGAGCAUAUACUGGGCACGCUUGUGAACGAGCGCGAUAUGCUUGAUGGGUGGUCGGAGCUGUGGAGCACAGUAUCUGCCAGCAUAGAUCGCGACAACGCAGACAACGAAAAGCAGAAGACUGAUCUCGAAAGAGUAGGAGCUGUGGAGCCGAGUGGUCGGCAGGUUAUCCACCCAGACGACCAUUUGGCGCUGUCGCUCAAGCGGCUGUUGUCCAUGUCGAGCAGGGCAAACCAGGCGGUCCUUAUGCUAUCGCAGUCAACAGCCGGUUUGGCGAGCGCUAAGAAAAUUGCGUCAGUGUCAGAGCUGCUCAGGCCGAUGUUAACGUCAUCGGCGGAUUCGAGUGGCUGUGGCUUGAACGUGGACGUUGGCGAUGAUGGUGAUGUCGAAAUGCGGCAGAACCAGUUGCGAGUGCAGAAUCAAGAAUCGUGGCUCAGCGAUGGUGCUGUAUUCACAAGCUGGGAUGCGUUGUUGGCCGAUGCAAAAACCAGCCUCGUACUUGGUCGUAAUGCGCGGGAUGUCAUCGGCACCGAGGUCAAGACAGCAGAGGCCCUUGAGCGGAAAAUGGACUGCUCACUCGCCAACAUGGUCGCGGCACUUCAUGGCGGCGAAUGUUAUUCCGGGACCGAGGCCGUCGAUAUUCUACCUACAGAGCAGCGUAAUAUAUUGGGCGAGCUGAAGCUUCAGGCCGGAACCCAGCGCAAGCGUGUCACCAAGGCGACAAUGCUCGCCGAGGAGCCAGGGAAGGCAGCCGCUUCGAAUUAUGCAGCGCUGUUCUGCCAAUUCUACUGAAUACCGCAGCGCCCGUUGGGACAUUGGUAGGGAAAAUAGAUAGCAAUCGCCAUGCUCACUUUUUUAGUAUUUAAAAAUUGUCUUGUAAGUAUACUAUGGUGACAAAUGCUUUACAAAUUUUCUCUGAUUUCUAAAAAUACACAGGAAUUGCGCAACAUAUUAAAGGCAAGUGCGGCCAUUUCAAAGCUGUUUCAGUAUUAAAAUAGUACCGCUUUGUGCAAGCAGGCGCGUUUGUUCUGUGGGAAGCAG